AUGAAUACUUUGCUGGACAAGACGCUCGUCCCUAUCGCACCCGGGUUUUACAUCACCCUCACUGUUGUAACCAUCCUUGUAGCAUAUCUUUCCAUCUUGGCCUUGUACCGUCUUUUCUUAAGUCCAAUUGCUGCCUUUCCCGGUCCGCCUCUUGCCCGAUUGACAUACCUGACCCAGUGGUACUAUGAUUGGGUCAAAGAUGGCCAGUAUUAUCUUCAAAUCGAGGAACUGCAUAAGAAUUACGGGCCCAUUGUCCGGGCUCCGAGUGAACUGCACAUAAGAGAUCCGGGUUUCCACAGCAAGCUCUACGUGACCGGAACUGUGAGGAAAUCCGACGCGUAG